GGGUCGUGUGCAGCUCAGACAGGAUUUCCCAGGAGAUGCUGCACUUGUGAUGAUGACCCUCCAGCUGAAUGAUACAGGCCGUUACCGCUGCGAGGUGGUGGACGGACUGGAGGACGGGAGCACUUCAGUUUAUCUGGAGUUGUCAGGUGUGGUGUUUCCCUACCAGCACGCUCGUGGUCAUUACCAGUUCAGCUUCAGGGGAGCCCAGCAGGCCUGCAAGGAGCAGGACGCCACGCUGGCCACCUUCACACAGCUCUUCCAGUCCUGGAAGGAGGGCCUGAACUGGUGCAAUGCAGGCUGGCUGGCAGACGGGACGGUCCAGUACCCCAUCACACAGCCCAGAGUGCCAUGCGGGGGGCACGGCCUUGUGCCAGGGGUCCGGAGCUACGGCAGACGGCACCUGCAGCUUCAUCGCUACGAUGUUUUCUGCUUCUCCUCUUCACUAAGAG